GGAAACCGCCUGUGUAUUUCUGCUCAAGGAUGUUUAGGAAUGCUUACUUUGUGAUGUCAAGAUGCCUACGAGGGACCCAGAGAUCACUGUUUGAGACACUCAACAACUUCAAGAAGAAAAAUCAUAGAGAGACAGUGUGCAAUAGUCUCCUCUCAAAGCGAUUUUGCAUAGAGAGAUGUCCACAGAGGAAACAUGAUUAUAUGUCAAACUCUAAAUAUGUUUUACAGAAAACUCUUAAAAGGCCAUUUUUUUGCCUUGUUAACACAAACUGCUCUAUCAAUCCUUUAGACACUGCUGACAUCGAAUCAGGGUGUAAAAUAAAAAUCUCUAUACAUUACUGUUCGAAUACCACUUUUUCAGAAAAGUUCAUCCUCAGGGACUGUGUUCCUAACAAGUACCUACUACCUAAAACCCAUACAGGCGAACACAGAACUUCUGCUAGUAAGUUGAGAGGAGAUCUCUACAGCAUCAGUAACAGCCUGAAGAGCACCCAUAAAACAGGGAGCACAUCAUUAAUUAAGACAUACGAGUUAAAAAAAGGACUUUGGACUUCCUUUCAAAAGCAAUGGAGUCAUCGUGGACCUCUUAAAUUGCAAAUGUGUGCAUUGCACAGAAGAGUCCCACAGCAGGAUUUUUCUGAAGACUGUUUGUCAGCCAAGAAUGAGGAACGCUGCAGAAUAAACUUGCAGUCCAACACUGCACUGUACGAGAAGGCGAGAGGAAAGAGCCGGGCGGCUGUGCUUGUGUCUCUGUGUACUGUAGGGGGCGAGCCCGCUUUGCUUUUUACCCUUCGAUCCAGCAAACUGAGGGGAAAACACAAAGGUGAUGUCAGCUUUGCAGGGGGAAAGCAAGACCCUUCAGACAAAAACAUUAUGGAAACAGCACUGCGAGAAGCCAGGGAAGAGCUAGGGAUUACCGUGACUGAAAAAGAAGUGUGGGGGAUUCUGAAGCCACUGAAUGAUUCUUCAGGUAUGUUGAUUGCUCCUGUGUUGGCUAACCUCGGACCUUUAGAGACUCUAACACUCCGUCCCAACCCAAGUGAGGUGGAGGAGAUCUUCACCCUGACAGUUGCCCAUCUCUGCAACCCUCAGAACCGAGGCUAUACACAUUUUCGCACUGGAAAUCACUAUGGAUACACUCUUCCUGUGUUUCACAGUGACAAGUACAGAAUUUGGGGCCUAACUGCAAUAGCUUUGGACCAGACACUCAAACUCAUCAUGCCAGAGUAACAGUCGUAGAGGAAACAGAAGCUUAGGUUCCUGGAAUUUUGUUCCUGAAGUGUUGACGUUGCUGUUUUCAUGUAAUACGAGUCAUGAGUGUUCAAACAUUCAAAACAAAUGCAGUUUUUGUGCUGAAGGAACAUAAUUUUAAAGUUGUGUUGUUUACUAGGGUAAUACUGCAUGGUCAGGUACUUUAGGGAAAACUGCUCAUUAGACUUUUCAAAAAGGAUUAAUGUUUAAAGAUCUGCAAGCAUUUGCAGUUAAUUGAAUUUGCUGCUUUACAAACUAUCAGUGUGGAGAAAUAAUUGUGACUACUACCAUGACAAUUUCACAUCAGAUGUAGCAGAUUCUAUAGUUCAGCCUUUUAUAUGUCCAAUAAAUAAUCAUUCUUAUGUAGUACAGUUUGUGUAUUAUUUAAGCUCUUAAACAUUAACCACCCUUGUCCUUCUCAAUUUAAUAAGGCCAGGAAUAUUUAUGAUUUAGUAAUUUAUUCAGCAAGAGCAAACAGAAGACUAAGGAGGAAACUGCUUAACUAAAACAAUUUUUUGUCAAACCCAUUUUUGUACAAUUCAUCAUAUACAGGUCCAUUUUGAAGUGUUAUUUGGUUAAAUAAUUUUACUUAAAUCUGUAGCACCAGGUGAAACAGAAGUGCAGAUUUUGUUCUGUUUCUAAUAUACACAUAGACACAUUGCUCACCCAAAAAGAAAAGUCACAUUUGAAUUUAAAUUAAAUAAAAUUAGCAAAUACUAAAGAUCUUUUAAUUGGAUAAUUACUGCAAUGAUUAUAAUGUUUCAGCUGGCAACAAUAAUUUUA